UAUACGUAGGCAAAUCGCCCCAAAAGUCAUAAAAAGCACUGUUUUUGACAAGAUGGGCCGCUCUAGCAAAGAAGAGGCUAGCCUAACUCCUGCCCCUGCAGAGGCUGCCAGUGCCCUGAGGGAAUUUGUGACGACACAGGAUCGACAAUUCAAUGAGAUAGUUGUUGUCCACCUUCUGAGUAGUAUAGUCAGUCAUGCAGAAGACAAUGGUAUAGUAACAUUGAUGACAUCUGUGGCUUUAUUGAUGAUGUACUUGAAGUGGCCACGAGAGUGAUUAAUAGUACUGUAUUAUACAGAGAGGAGGCAGGCAAGCACCAUAGCUGGCAGUACCCUGCAUGCUAGCUAUUGCUGAGAAUCUAGUUUUCACUGUACUCCCUGCAGAUGUCAUGAACACUACAAAAAUACACAUACAACUCAUUCAUGUUGAUACACGAGUGGACAAUGAAGACUUAUACUUCACUAGUAUUGAUGUGAGAAGCAACUCUGUUCAAGUGCCCUCUGAGUUAGCAAGAAUGGUGGCUAACGGAACUGGACCAGUCACUGUGGGUUCAGUCUACUACAAGAACAUGAAAGGACUGCUUCCUGGAACUCUACCGGGAGGGAAUGGCACUGUGUUAGCGUCCCCCGUGGUCUCCUCCAGUCUGCAGUGUGGAAAAAAUAUCUGUGACACAGCUAAUAUUCAGCUCAGUAUUCCAGUAAUUGUUACACUGAAACAUACUGAACGUGCACGAUGGUAAUCCAUUAUUCCAUGGAAGAUGGGACGAUGUGUGAGAAAUGACUAACUCCACACACACUGUAUGUGAGUGCACACAUCUCACCAACUUUGCCAUUCUCCUCAGUGCAAAGCCACUGAACAUAUCACCAGAAGUGAAUCUGUCUCUUGAAGUCAUUGGCAACAUUGGAGUUUCAUUAUCUGUAAUAGCCAUGUUGGUUACCAUUGUGGCCUUGGUCUUCUUUAGGAGCUUGUGGAAUAUGCGUAACUUUAUCCACAUCAACCUCUGUGUGAGUCUAAUUCUGGCAAAUCUGAUAUUUGAGAUUUGGGUAACUCACCACGGAGGAGGAGGUAUAGUAGAUCCUGGUUGUCGAACGGUAGCAGUCGUCGUGCACUACUUAUUCCUGGUGUCCUUCAUGUGGAUGCUCAUGGAAGGAGUGGUCUUGUAUGUGAUCCUCGUCAAAGUCUUUGCAUGAACGGAAGUACAUCAUCGGCUUCACCAUUGUCAGCUAUGGUGCCCCUGUAUUGUAUAUGGCCCUUUGUAUUCCAUUGGGCUUUGCUCUACCUAGCUUGAAGGAUAGCUAUGGAUAUGUGGACACCCUGAAUUCCAUAGUGUGAGUUCAUGAUCAGUCACUCUCUUAUAUUAGAGUGAUCCAUGCAAGCAAGUUAUGCACAUAUGCAUGUACAUGUAGUUGUAGUACAUGCACAAACAUAACUAUCUUUUUAUUUAUCCGCAUAAAUUUUGGCUUAGUUUCGACUAAGCCAAAAGUCUAAACAGGGCAUCUGGUUGUACCUUUCCACAAGUACAUACAACUCAUAUUUAUCCGGCUAUAUUUUCCUGAACAGUGACUCCAUGCAGAGUCAAGUUUAUUAAAUAAUAGUUAGACACUGUUUUGGAGGUGUCUAUGGGAUUUAGAAGCCCAAAGGCACUGAUUAGUAUCCCGAGCGUAUAGCGAGGGUACUAAAGUGGCUGAGGGCUUCUAAAUCACAUGGACACCGACAAAUCACAUGGACACCGACAAAACAGUGUCUAACUCAUUUAGAUACUAGUGCACAUGCGCAAAUCGCUUCACUACAAUACAAUUACUUGACAAUGGAAUACUAGGUAUACUAAGUACAUUUGCAGGUAUACUAAGUCCCAUAGUAUACCUGCUCUGAGGCACUUUUCCCAUGUACUUCCCAUGUAGAUCUUAUCAACUAGUGUCUAAGACAUUUUAUUUCUCUCAUCAAUUUUACACUAUGGCGCUUGCAGCUGCUGGCUGAACACUCAUACUAAUUUUAUUCUGGUGUUUGUUGUUCCUGUGGUGGUGAUCCUCUUUGUAAAUGUGGGUUUCUUUAUUAUGGUAAUAGUUAUCAUGUGCAGACACCAAAAAAUGCAAGAAAAAAGACAAAAAGUGAGUUCUUGGUUGAAGUUGUCUGUGUCACUGGUUGUUGUCAUGGGGCUAACGUGGAUAACAGGUGUUCUGUUGUUUGUGGUCCCUGCUCAUAGUAGCGCUGUACUAAUUGCACUGUCGUAUAUCUUCACGAUUUUUGUUUCAUUCCAAGGAGUGGCUAUUUUUAUACUUUUUGUGCCUCUCUCUGAGCCAGUAAGGGAUGCAUACUCCAAAUGGUGGAAGGAAAAGGUGAAAAAGCAUCGAUAUGAAAGCACCAAGAGUACCACUCUCAGCAAUGUUCGCAACAAUAUUACCUCUUCAUCUUUGGACAAUUCUUUGAAACUAGAAUCUAGUGCGUUCAACUCGACCAUGGAAACGUCUAGGAACAAGUCAGGUGUGUGAUUGCACACAUUGAAUUAACGUACUGAGAUUAAUUGGUGUUUGAUAAUGUGUAGCUAACUUAGG